UCAACCAGUAAACUAGCUGCUAAAAAUUGAAUUGACAAAAGGCCGCCUCGCAUUUCACCUCAAAGCCGUAAGGCAUCCCUUUUUUCCUUCUCCACUCCCCUCAUUCCCCACUACCAUAUCCUCCUAUCUGUCUCUCUUAUUCUCUCUCGAGGCUGAGACAGUCAAAGCAAAUAAUCUUCUCUCCUCCUCUUUCAAUUUGGAUCAUUCUCCGCGAUUCUUCAGAAUUUAUCUUACUGUGCAUACCAGCCUAUUAGGGUUUAGAAACCAUCCACAGUCCGCAGCAACAACAGAUAUUUUCUUCUCAAUUUUUGUGAGCACAUCAAAUUCAGUAAUGGAAGUCAAAAUAGAGCAAAAGGACGCGUCAGAUUGGUCCUACAGAGGUGAAGGUGCUGCUAAUAUAGUUCUCGCCUACACUGGAUCAUCGCCCUCUUUUAUUGGGAAAGUAAUGAGGAUAACAAAAAAAGCAAGGAACGGGUCGUCACCGAAGUGUGACUCUAACCAAUCAGUAUUAACAGAGGAAGAGCGGUUGUUAUGGAGAGACGUGGAAGAGUUAGUUACCUCUCCUACGAAAGAAAUUGCAGAGCAGAUUUAUACUCAGCUAGUUAUGAGUCCUUUGUUAGGUUCCAAACAUGUCGAUGCUGGGAUGCGUGUGCCAGUAACGAGGGAUUUUCUUGAGUGUGUUGAAAAGAAUGUAAUUAAACAACGUCCGGCUUGGCGAAUUGAUGUUUCAGUGGUUGAUUUGGAACGUGAUUUUGUGAUUAUCAUGUCUGAUCAUUCUCUAUUCCCUGGAGGUGUUCUUAAAGAUGAACCUUGCAUAUCAGUUGAGAUAAAGCCCAAAUGUGGAUUUAUCCCUUCAUCGGAAUUCAUAGCUGAAAGAAAUUCUGUUAAGAGGAGUGCUACUCGAUUUCAAAUGCACCAAGUCUUGAAGUUGCGUGAACAAGAGAUAUCAGAAUUAAGCGACUAUGAUCCUCUGGAUCUGUUUUCUGGUUCCAAGGAAAGAAUACAUAAAGCCAUCAAGGAUCUGUACACCACUCCUCAGAACAAUUUCCGUGUAUUCUUGAAUGGUUCUCUUAUAUUCGGGGGCUUGGGCGGUGGCAUAAAGAGAACUAAUGCUGUGGCUGGAAAAGCUUUUGAAGAUGCACUCGAGGGCAUCAUCCUGGCUGAAAAUGGCUUGCGCACAACGAGUUUUAUACAGCUUGUUGCUGAGGCAGUUUACUGCUCUAGAGUAUUGGAUGGGCUUCUUGAAGUUCAAAGGCUUGAUAAUUUUGACAUUGAAGGGGCCAUUCAUGCAUAUUACAACAUUGUUUGUCAGCCUUGUGCGGUAUGCCAACAGUUGGAUGAAGCAAGACCACCGCAUAGAUUUUCCUCCUUGCAUUCCAUUCAUAUGGAUGAGAGUUUGAAAAUUGCAAAGGAUUAUUUGAUAGCUGCUACUGCAAAGGACUGUAGUUUGAUGAUUAGUUUUAGACCUAUGAAAGAUGGAGCGUUUGGAUCUCCUCAUGUAUACCUACAGUCAACCAACCAAAGUUUUAAUUACAAGGUGAAUUUCAUUGACUUGGAUUUAAAACCUUUAAAGAAGAUGGUAGACUACUAUGAACUGGACAAGAAGAUAUUGAACUGCUUCACUCAGAUGUUGGAAAUGGAGCAUAAAGAUGGCAAUGCUAGGACCAUGGAUGCGAUUGAAACUAUAAAUUGAGUUUCAACAAGACUAUAAAAGAUCAAGAAUGACAUUGGAAAUCAGCAUGCGUGUUGCCUGCAGCCGGCAAGGAAGACUUGAGCGUCGUAUUUUGUUUGGGCAAGCAGAACAAUCAUGCGUGUUGCCUGCAGCCCGUGGCUGUUCCAUGUGCUCAAGAAUGAGCUGCCAAGUUGUUGAAGGCAUCUGUGUGCAUGGAUCAGGAGCCAUCACGGCAUCUUGAAGUUUGAGGGCAACAAGAAAGGACAAAUGUGUGGCAGAAGUGGGGACAAGCAGUGCCCAUUCAUCUGACCCGGCUCUCAAUAAAGCUGAACUGAGAAAUUUACUGAACUGAGAACAUGUAAUUUCAGGUUACUAUUAUCAUCAUCCUAGCUUAAAAGCUAGUUUGGCUUGCCUGUCAAAAAACCAUAGCUUUGGAUUCUCUGUAAAGUCCCCUAGCUUGGACUAUUAGCAUGUGGGACUAUCAGCACUACACUUGAAAGUGUCACUCACACUCCACUUUUGGGGUGAAAGGUGGAGUGCCAUUAGUGUUUGUAGAAUGCUUAUAGCUCCAUCCGUUCAUAUCGGCCAGCAUAACCCUUUCUCGGAA